AUGCUUGCCAUGUUAAUGGAAAUUAUAGCUGGCAUACCUAACGUGAAAACCGGAUGCAAUGUUAGUUUUUAUGGUCCCAGUAGCAUAGCAGAAAGUCCUCAUUAUCCUGACAUGUAUGAUGUCGGAAAUUGUUAUUACUUCAUUAAAGUCCCGUUAGGAAAAGCUUUAGCUCUGUUCUGGCUCCAUUUCAAUGUUGGAACUUCCAAAGAAGAUAAUCAAUGUCGGGGAGAUUCGGUUACAGUCUACGACGGUACCAUGUUCUCACCUCUGCGCCGAUGGACAUUCUGUGGCAACGAAGAAGUAAGAAAUCUAACAUCGACAUCGAACAUGAUGACUCUAUGGUUUAAAAGCAAUUCGACUCAGCAAUAUGAUGGUUUUCAAGUGCAAUAUGAUUCAUUCGAUGUUCCAUGCGUAACUCAGACUUAUCAAGGCAAUCUUGGAAUAAUUAAGAGUCCCCAUUUUCCCCAGCCUUUUCUAGUUCCAUCCUGUAGCAUUUACAGAAUACAAGUUCCAGCUGGUCGCGUAAUAAAAUUAACCUGGAAUAAAUUUAGUAUCAGCCCAAAUGUUCCCGUUUCUUCGUGCUUGAAUUACAUCGAAUUAUAUGAUCAAUGGCUAAAAUCAGAAAAUAAAAUUUAUAAAUUUUGUUCUGGCGACAAGCUACCACCAUCAUUUACAUCUAGUAGCAACACUGUCUACCUGACAUUCACAGCGUCUACGAUCAGCUCGCUAAAUUCAGGAUUCGAAGGUGUCUAUCGCUCAAUUACUCGAGAUGUGUGCAAUAUUAAGAGUGAAACUCCAACUGGAGCUAUUACCGUUCCUAAUAAUCCAUCGUAUCUUCACCUAGACCUCGACUGCUUUGUAACCAUCAAUAUUAUUGAUAUUGACUAUAUUAUCCUUAGAUGGGUAGAAUUUGGUCCCCAACUAUUUGACAAUCCUUCUUUAUGCAAAAAUUAUAUUGCUAUUUAUAAUGGUCUAAUCAAUUCCACUGAUUUGAUUAUGUCAUUGAAAAUGUGUCAAGAAGGAAACGCUACUACGUUGCCAGUAAAAUCAAAGAAUUUGAUCAAUGUACGCUAUCGUGUUUGGGAUUAUAAUCACUUUAAGAACUUUCGAUUCUUUUAUAUAGGGGUCUCUUCCCAACAACUACAAAAGAAAAUUAAAUUUUCCAAUGCCAGCUGUGAAGAUAUUGAAUGGUAUUAUGAAGCGCCUUUUGGAAAUGUAGUUGUUGAAUCAACAUUAUCUUGUAAAGAACCUGCUUCUAAGCUAGCCACUUGGGUCAUGAUUGUUAUUUUUUGCGGGAUUGUAAAUUAUCAUGGAAAUGUUCCGUGA